GGCGGCGUGGCCGGCGCCGCGCGGGAGCGAGCACGUCGGCGUGGCCCGGAAAACCGUUGUCAACGCGUGGCCUAAGGCUAAUGGCGGGGAUUCUUCUCGUGCAGAUGGAACAGAAGGUGGUCCUGCCUGAAUUUUGACUCCACCCCUAUGAACCUGCGCUGUUGAAAUUAGCCUGAAGCUCCUAUUCCUGGAGAAGCGCUUGAAGAGGAACGAUGGAAAAAUGGAGCUUGAUGACAGUAGCGGUCUUAAUUGGACUAACUGUUCGGUGGACAGUCUCUCUGAAUUCUUAUUCAGGAGCUGGAAAACCCCCAAUGUUUGGAGAUUAUGAAGCUCAGAGGCAUUGGCAAGAAAUUACUUUCAAUUUACCCAUUAAACAGUGGUACUUUAAUACCAGUGACAACAACCUGCAGUAUUGGGGAUUGGAUUAUCCACCUCUGACAGCUUACCACAGUCUAUUAUGUGCUUACGUGGCACAGUUUAUAAAUCCAGAGUGGGUUGCUCUCCACUCAUCCCGCGGAUAUGAGAGUCAGGCACACAAACUCUUUAUGCGCUCAACAGUUUUUAUUGCUGAUUUGGUCAUUUACGUACCCGCCGUUGUCAUAUACUGUUGUUAUUUAAAAGACAUUUCGCCCAAAAAAAAGGUUGCUACUGCCCUCUGCAUACUGCUGUAUCCAGGCCUUAUCCUUAUCGAUUAUGGACACUUUCAAUAUAACUCUGUGAGUCUUGGCUUUGCUUUGUGGGGGGUUCUCGGUCUGUCUUAUGACUGGGACCUUCUUGGAUCAUUGGCCUUUUGCUUGGCCGUCAGUUAUAAGCAGAUGGAACUGUACCACUCUUUGCCGUUCUUUUGUUUUCUGCUGGGCAAGUGCUUCAAGAGAGGCCUGAAAGGAAAGGGGUUUUUACUCUUUGUCAAACUCGCGUUCACGGUGAUUGCUACCUUCAUCCUCUGCUGGCUGCCGUUCUCGACCAAAGCUGACCAGACCCUGCAAGUACUUAAGAGACUCUUCCCUGUUGACCGUGGAUUGUUCGAGGAUAAAGUCGCCAAUGUUUGGUGUAGCUUAAAUGUUCUCCUAAAGGUAAAACAUAUUCUGACAACCCACAGCCAGCUGAAGCUCAGCUUUGCCCUAACAUUUCUGAGCCUACUUCCCGCUUGUAUAAAGUUAACUCUCCAGCCGUCUCUCAAAGGAUUUAAAUUUACCCUGGUGAGCUGUGCGUUGUCAUUCUUCCUGUUCUCCUUCCAAGUACAUGAAAAAUCCAUUCUUUUGGUCUCACUACCAGUCUGCUUAAUUCUAAAUGAAACACCUUUUAUGGCCACCUGGUUUUUACUCGUGUCAACCUUUAGCAUGCUUCCUCUUCUGCUCAAGGAUGGGCUGCUGAUGGCCUCUCUUGUGACCACGGGAGCGUUUUCCACCGCCUGUGUGGCUUCCCUUUCUAUCUUAGAGAAGACUUCUGAAGAGCAUCUGCUGCUAAAAUCCUUUUCCCUGUUUUCAAGCAGAUACAUCCCUUGUUUCAAGUUUCUUGCCAAGAAGAUCAAAAAUGGGUUCUAUAUCUCGCUCCUGUGCAUGGGCGUCCUGACGUUGCUGAGCGCCACUCUGAAUCCUCCACCCAAACUGCCAGACUUCUUUUCUGUCCUGGUGUCCCUCGCUGCCUGCUUACACUUCCUCUUCUUCCUGGGCUAUUUUAAUAUUGUAAUUAUGUGGGAUCACCGAAAUGCGAGAAGUCAAAAGAAAAUCAGCUAACUCUCUCCUCAGGAAUGAAUGCAACCAGACCGAUUGUGAAGAGGUAGCCAGGCCCGGUUUGCAAGGGCUCAGUUGGAAAGUCGUUUUAGGAAUCCUGUAUUAAGGGUCGGUGGACACUGCGUUAAGACUGAAAAUAAAUGCACGGAACAGGCAGUAAAGAUUUUUUUUGAUCUCUUCCCAGCCAAGCUGAAUGGUUUUGUCAAGAUGGGCAGCUGGCUCAAAGAGGAGAAUGAAAAAAAAAGGGCUAAUUGUGAUUAUUUACCCUGGAAAUUAUCAGGAAAAUCCAGUCCUGUUUCUUACUUAAAGAGACUGGUCUUUUACUGUUUGAAUUCAAACCUACAGCCCUGGACAAAGAAGAGAAUAGAGGCUAGGACUGUCCUACUUUUGGAUCAGUUCAAGGUUUUUGAUCAUGUAAGUGAACUCUAUCCUCUCACCUUAGUAUUUUUUUGGAUGAUAUAUUUUCCAGAUGUGGGAUAUUUUUUCCCAGCUGCAAGACUUGGCCCUUUUGAAUGAUCUCUAAGCACGUGACCCAAGCUAUGCAAUUCAAAAAUGAAUUUUCCCAGAAUGUAAGAUGACAGUGGUGUGGGGGGAAAUAAUUGGAAGUAUUCAUGGUCUUUGCCACUCAAUGGACUCUCUCUUCCCGCUCCCUCCCAAGACCAUUGUGUUUACAUAAGUCAAACCGCCUUCUCCAGCCUUUCGUUCCGCAAUAUGUGCUCUCAUGUGACAUCGCCAGGGCCACCACAGUAAUAACCGUGACUCAGUAGCAGGAUGACCAGAUUCGGCUCUCACCCUUUCCCGUUUUUACUCUGUUGUCGAGUUGCGGCUAUUAUUACAUCUUCUCCGUGUCUUAACCUGCGGUAUGAGGUGGGUAUAAGCCGUUUUCGUUUUCGUGGUUACAAAUAAAACCAUGUCGGUAUCUAUUU